ACAGAAAGCAUAACAAAGCCGAAAAAGGGGUCAGAGGUCAUAAACCCAAAGGGAGCCGAAUUGUGUGUAUUGACCUUUUCUGAGACAAGGUCACAUCAGGUCAACCAAGGAUCAUUAGGUGGCAGACAUAUUAUAAUUACCCAGUUGUUUGUGCCUUGAUUUUUUUUUAUCUUUUUAUUUCUUCACCUUAAUUCUGUUGUUGUUUUUUCGCCGUUUUGAUAUGAAAUAAGGUCGUCUUUUUGAAAAUAUUACGACGAAAUUAGGGUUUUUAUGAGAGUAUGUAUUUGACUUUUAAAAAAAUAUUGGGUGCAUGGUAUAGGUGAAUUAAUUAUAUCUUUGGUCUUUGUACAGUAAUUUGAGUCGUAAAUUCCUGCGUACAGAAAGCAAAGUAAAUUGGGAAUAGAUAUGAACUGUGGGUGUUGCCUGAUGACGUUCGUUUGAUUGGGUACUGGCGUUAUUUAUAGUUCAGAGUCAAAUGUUUAAUUUCGUUCAGUCGUUUUACACUCUGUGGAUUUACGUUCUUUGUAGAUUAUGGAGUUUAUGCUACGUUAUCCGUUUGAAUUUACUGGUUAUUCGUAUCGUUUAGUGCGGUUAGGAAUGGAGUCGUUGGCAACUGUGCGGAUGGGAAGCAGCUUCUCCCUUUCCUAUUGGUCCAAAGGCGGGCUGUGAUUGGCCGACGCUCGCUUCGCCCCGCCCCCUGACCUGAGGUCGCGGACUACAAAUACCCCAGAAGUCGAGGCGAAAGGCAGAACAUUUACGACUGUGAGUCCUACCUCCUCUAGUGCUUGUGCCUCGAACUCCCUCGCAAUGGAAAACACCUCCGUCAGUAAGCCAAGACUGUCCUUCGGGAUCGACACCAUCUUGGGCCUGAGCGAGCCCUCCACGCCCCCCAGACCCAACUCCUCCUGCAGCGUCUCCAGCGACAGCUCGGGGGUGAGCCACGACUCGGAGCGUUCCCUCAGCCCCGACGUGCCCUUCUACCCUCGCCUGCAGCACCACUGGGCUCCCCCCGCCCACCCCGUCGUCUCCCACCACGCCCAUCCGUACCUCUCCUUCGGCAGCGUGUCCCCGACGGAGGGCCACCGCGACUUGCCCAAGCUGCCCGGGCCCGUGCUGCGCCGCCACAAGGCCAACCGGAAGCCGCGCACGCCCUUCACCUCCGAGCAGCUGCUGGCGCUCGAGAAGAAGUUCCGCGAGAAGCAGUACCUGAGCAUCGCCGAGCGCGCCGAGUUCUCCGCCUCGCUCAGCCUGACGGAGACGCAGGUCAAGAUCUGGUUCCAGAACCGCCGCGCCAAGGACAAGCGCCUCAAGGAAGCCGAGAUCGAGCGCCUCACCCGCCCUGUGUACCCUGCCUACGGCGGCCUCCUCCCCCUGGGCGGCCCUCUGCCCUCCCUGCACCUCCAGCAGCCGAUGACUCCCCUCUUCCGGUGAUCGCCUGAGCCUCGACCCCGCUUCCUGAGCCUCAGCCUCCUAGUCGGCGCCCUUAGUCGCUUCGCCCCAGUGAAAGCAUCCCCGAGCACACGAUGUCCUGUCGAGUUCUCUCUCCCUCGCCACGACCUCCCCAGCUGCCCACAGACGGUCGCCCGGGAUGCCCCAGUGUGCUAAGAUGGCCGCGUCCGUUCCGUUUCUAAGAUGUUCCUUCGUCGUAGACUGUUUCUUCGAGACGGUUCCCCUCCUCGUCGUCUUCCGCCAGUCUGACUGUCGCUUGUAUAAUGUUUAGGACUAUGUACGCUUUUGUGAGAAGAUCGUUUUAUGAAUGAAUAAAAAAGAGUUUUUAUA